UUAGAACAUUAUCUGGACAGUAUACUGGGGAUAGCGGUGGAAUAGGGCCGUGUUUCUUCCUUCCAGGUGGCCCCGCAGUGCUUAGUGAAUGCACUGGUACUCAUGAUAUUCAGCGGACCUUGGGGAGGGGCGUUGUGGUUACAAUUGACCGGCUUGGAAUCACUGCCAGGGGAGUUGCAAAGAAACUUCAGUCUAAUGAAAGAUCUAGAUCAAAAGGCACAAGAGUUGAUGAACGAAAUAGAUGAUAAGGCUGAAGGCUACCUCUCCAGUGUGCGGACAAUGUCUCCUGAGAAGCGUACGGACUUACUCACUGCAUUACAGAAACUCUUCAGCAAAAGUCGGGAAUUUGGGGAUGAUAAAGUCCAGCUUGCCAUGCAGACAUAUGAGAUGGUGGAUAAGCAUAUACGAAAGUUGGAUGCGGACCUUGCACGGUUCGAGGCAGACCUGCGUGAUAAAAGCCAGAGCAAACCAAACGAUGAUGAUAAGGCAGAUACAGGAAAAAAAUCAAACCUGAAGGAGAAAGAUAAGAAGAAGAGGAAGUCUAUGAAGGAAGAGUUUGACGAUGAAAUUCCGAAGAAGAAAAAGAAAAAGGGCCAAGGUGCCUCAAAUGAGCAGACACCACCACCAAUGAUAUCGCCACUGCUGUCAUUGACGAUGAACAAUCCGUCUGAUGUACUCGACAUGCCGGUGGAUCCAAACGAGCCUACAUAUUGUCUGUGUCACCAGGUCUCGUACGGGGAAAUGAUUGGCUGUGAUAAUCUUGAUUGUCCAAUUGAGUGGUUCCACUUUGGUUGCGUUGGUCUGACAGCAAAACCAAAAGGCAAAUGGUACUGUCCACGAUGUACAGAGGAAAGGAAAAAGAAGUGAAGGUGAAACAGAAAUAACUGCAGAUUGCUUCUGAAAAUGUUUGACAGUUUCUAUAUAGCUAAAGUAGCAGGCUAUUUGGCUACAAAUUAGAUGUCAACUCAUGUUCCUUACGGUUUUAAUGUUCAUACAUGUUGGACGUUUAUGUACAUACAUGUUGGACGUUUAUGUACGUACAUGUUGGACGUUUAUGUACAUACAUGUUGGACGUUUAUGUACAUACAUGUUGGACGUUUAUGUACGUACAUGUUGGACGUUUAUGUACGUACAUGUUGGACGUUUACGUACGUACAUGUUGGACAUUUAUGUACGUACAUGUUGGACGUUUAUGUACGUACAUGUUGGACGUUUAUGUACGUACAUGUUGGACGUUUAUGUACGUACAUGUUGGACGUUUAUGUACAUACAUGUUGGACGUUUAUGUACGUACAUGUUGGACGUUUAUGUACGUACAUGUUGGACGUUUAUGUACAUACAUGUUGGACGUUUAUGUAUGCACAUGUUGGAUGUUUAUGUAUGCACAUGUUGGAUGUUUAUGUAUGCACAUGUUGGAUGUUUAUGUAUGCACAUGUUGUACGUUUAUGUACAUAUUUUUUUGAUAGGUUCAUGUUGCACAUUUAUAUACAUACAUGUUGGAAAGGUUCAUGUUGGACAUUUAUGUAUAUACAUGUUGGAUGUAUGUGUACGUUCAUGUUGGAUGUUUAUGUAAAUACAUGUUGCACAUAAAUGUACAUACAUGAUGGCAGCAUUGUUAAACGAGUUUCGAUAUGGGACGUAAUUAACGUUAUUUUCUUCGUAGAAAUAUAGGCAUAUAUAUUGGAGUCAAACUCAUGCUUUAAUAUUUAUUAAGAUUAUUUUUAUAAUUGUUUGCAAAGUAAUGAAAUUGUGUAAACAUUUUAUUUAAGUGCAUGCAUUUUUGUCACUCAGAAUAGUAGAUUGAUCCUAUGUUUGUCUUGAGCAGAAUAUAUAGUAAAUACUUCUAUUGUUGCCUUUUCAGACCCAUUUUUAUUGACCUUUCUUAAUAAUUAGUUCUAUGUCAAAUGCUUAUUAAUAAAAAAAAUAUUUGUUUAGAGAUUUAAGAGUUCUUCCUUUUGUUUGUAUAAAUUGUUCCUCAAGCAAUUUGUGUAUUCUGACAAAAGAGUAUAAGUGGUGUACCAACUGCAUUUUCAUACCUCAUGUUAGAUGUACAUGUAUGGUACUGGCUGAAUGAUUGUUUACUACUUUCAAGUAGCAUAUGGGUUUAUUUAUACUGGUAUGGAUAUAAAGUGCUUUAUGCCCAUGUACUCUCUUUGUUUGGAAUGAAGAAACAUUUCUGGUUGUACGCAUGAAAACUUGUUUGAUUGUUUUUUGGCAAUAAAAGUGUGAACUAAUGAAAAUUUAAACCAGGAAGGGUUUACCUUAAGCAUUGAUUAAUCCAUUCUGCAGCCAUCCCAGGAAGUCUAAGUAUUCAGAUUAAAGAUUGCUGCAGCUAUCCUGGAAAGUAUAAGUAUUCAGAUUGAAGAUUGCUACAGCUGUCCUGGAAAGUCUGUAUUCAGAUUAAAGCUUGCUACAGCUAUCCUGGAAAGUCUGUAUUCAGAUUAAAGCUUGCUACAGCUAUCCUGGAAAGUCUGUAUUCAGAUUAAAGAUUGCUACAGCUAUCCUGGAAAGUCUGUAUUCAGAUUAAAGCUUGCUACAGCUAUCCUGGAAAGUCUGUAUUCAGAUUAAAGAUUGCUGCAGCUAUCCUGGAAAGCCUUUAUUCAGAUUAAAGCUUGCUACAGCUAUCCUGGAAAGUCUGUAUUCAGAUUAAAGAUUGCUACAGCUAUCCUGGAAUGUCUUAAGUAUUCAGAUUAAAGCUUGCUGCUGCUAACCCAGGAAGUCUUAAGUAUCCAGAUUAAAGCUUGCUGCAACUAUCCUGGAAAGUCUUAGUAUUCAGAAUAAAGAUUGCGGUCCAAGGAAGUCUAAGUAUUCAGAUUAAAACUUGCUGCAGCUAUCUAAGGAAGUCUAAGUAUUCAGAUUAAAGCUUGCUGCAGUUGUCCCAGGAAGCCUAAGUAUUCAGAUUAAAGCUUGCUGCAGCUAUCCCAGGAAGUCUUAAGUAUUCAGAUUAAAGCUUGCUGCAGCUAUCCUGGGAAGUCAAAGUAUUCAGAUUAAAGCUUGCUGCAGCUAUCCUGAAAAGUCUAAGUAUUCAGGUUAAAGAUUGCUACAGCUAUCCUGGAAUGUCUUAAUCGUUCAGAUUAAAGCUUGCUGCAGCUAUCCAAGGAAGUCUUAAGUUUUUGGAUUAAAGCUUGCUGAAGUUAUCCCGGGAAGUCUUUAAGUAUUCAGAUUAAAGCUUGAUGCAGCUAUCAUGGAAAGUCUAAGUAUUCAGAUUAAAGCUUGCUGUAGCUAUUCAAGGAAGUCUAAGUAUUCAGAUUUAAGCUUGCUUCAGCUAUCCCAGGAAGUCUUAGUAUUCAGAUUAAAGCUUGCUAUUCAAGGAAGUCUAAGUAUUCAGAUGAAAGCUUGCUGCAGCUAUUCAAGGAAGUCUAAGUAUUCAGUUUAAAGCUUGCUUCAGCUAUCCCAGGAAGUCUUAGUAUUCAGAUUAAAGCUUGCUGCAGCUAACCCGGAAAGUCUAAGUAUUCGGAUUAAAGCAUGCUGCAGCUAUCCCAGGAAGUCAAAGUAUUCAGAUUAAAGUUUGGUGCAGCUAUUCAAGGAAGUCUUAGUAUUCAGAUAAUAGCUUGCUGCAGCUAUUUAAGGAAGUCUUAAGUAUUCAGAUUAAAGCUUGCUGCAGCUAUCCAAGGAAGCCUAAGUUUUCAGAUUAAAGCUUGCUGCAGCUAUCAUGGGAAGUCUAAGUAUUCAGAUUAAAGCAUGCUGCAGCUAUCCCAGGAAGUCUUAAGUAUUCAGAUUAAAGCUUGCUGCAGCUAUCCUGAAAAGUCUUAAGUAUUCAGAUUAAAGCUUGCUGCAGCUAUCCCAGGAAGGCUUUCAGAUUAAUGCUUGCUGCAGCUAUCCUGGAAAGUCUAAGUAUUCAGAUUAAAGCAUGCUGCAGCUAUCCCAGGAAGUCUUAAGUAUUCAGAUUAAAGCUUGCUGCAGCUAUCCCAGGAAGCCUAAGUAUUCAGAUCAGAGCUUGCUGCAGCUAUCUCGGGAAGUUUUCAGUUAAAGCUUCUUGCAGCUCUCUCUGGAAGUCUAUUCAACAUGUGUAUUGACCAUACUACUAACAUAAAGAAUUUGUUCUGAUUGUAGAAGACUGUUUAGAUUAGGAUUUGCAUUGGAUCGAAUCAUUUUAAUAAAUUAUGUUUUUGGAACCCAAAAUACAUUUGCAGUUGAAAGUUUAUUAAGAUCAUGACUAAACUGUUUGCAUACCUUUUCAAUGCCAGAAAAUGAUUAUUUGAUAAAUGAUUUUGAUCGUGUUGAUUAAAUUUAUCGAGGCUACAGCAGUAUUGUCUCAUUACAAAGUAUUGCAAUACAUGUUUAUCAUAGGACUUAAAAUCAACAAUUAUAAUUUGAUGGAAAUAUGUGUAUUUAGUUGCGUGGAGCAAUUUUGCUGCUUUCCAAACAAGAAUGUAUUUCUAAGUGAAUUUGUAUAUUGAUCAAAUUGUAAUUUGAUAUUCAGUGAUUUGGCUUGAUCUGAUUUUUGUGAUAAAUUUUACAUGGAACUUGGCAAUGUACUUUGAGUUGUGUUUAUAUUGUGUGUUAGAUUGUAUGACAUUUAUACUUAAAAUCAAAUGUUAUAAGCUGAAUUUGAAUUUAAGGCCACAUGCAAUAUAAGUUGCAGACAGUCUCCAAUUUCUCUCUUGAGAAAUCUUAUCGGUAACAGCUUGAGUGUCUUAUUUCAAAUUUACAAAACAAAAAGUAAUUUAGUGUGAUAAUUAUGAUUUUCUUAUUAUAUUUAGCUGCAAAACAAAAAUGUAAAACAAUUUAUUCUGAAACAGAAAUAGUGUGUUGACCUUGAUCCUGUCAAGACUGUUUAAGAAAUUGGAACCUGAAGAUGAAGUGUUAAUUUUUUGUGCCUAAUUUAGCAAUACAAUGUUCUAGUACACAUGCAUGAUCCAGGCCAUUGUGAGACAAAGUGUGAUAACUCUCUUACUGCACCUCUUUUCCUCUACAAAAUGCUAAAGUUAUGUGGCAGAAUGGUUCAACUGGAUGGAUUUUGUUAAUUUAUUUCUGAAACUACAUGUAUUUUGAUAUCAGUCUCUAUUAAUUAGCUGGUGGGUAAAAUUAUUAUGAUAUGAAAUCCAUUUAUAGAAAGUUAUGUUAAGUUGUUCCUAAUUGUUCACUAUUUUUAUAAAAUGAUUGAAUACUUUUUAUAAUACUUUUUAUUGAAUGAAAUUAGUUGAUUUUCAGCUUUAAUUGCUAAAAAUGUUUAGUUUGAAUGUGUUUUCUCGCUUUUGUGUAAAAUGAGUAAAUCAGUUAUUAUUUUAUGUAAUCAAAUCAUUUGUUUGUACUUAGGAUUAAAAAUGUAUACAGAUUUAACAAUAUUACAUGUAUAUAUUUUAAGGUGUCACAGUUCAAUCUUUCAAGAUUUACAAACCUAUUGUCAUAUUUAUGUAUACAUUGACAUUACUUGGAAUAUGUGAAUACGCACUUCAACCCAUCAUUGUUGAGUUUGUUGUUUACUGUUUGGUAACUUGUGCAUUACUUCAUUUACUUGGCUGUUAUUUCACCAUUCAGUAAUUUGUUAGUACCAGUAUUGAUUGUUACUUGUUGGUCAUUUGUUUUUGCUGAUUCAAAUCAUUUUCUUUCAUUGUUUUCUAUUGAUGAUAAGCUUUUGCCAUAUCAUUUAUUUGCCCAUCGUUUAUUUGCCUAUCUGUUUUUUCAAAGGUCAUAGCCUUGUUGACUGCAGCGGUGUCAGGGAGAGGUCAUAGCCUUGUUGACUGCAGCGGUGUCAGGGAGAGGUCAUAGCCUUGUUGACUGCAGCGGUGUCAGGGAGAGGUCAUAGCCUUGUUGACUGCAGCAAUGUCAGGGAGCCAAAUCUUAAACCUUGGCCAUCACUCUUAUACCGUUCUAGAUAUUAAAAUUUUGUACACAUGUUACCGGAGACAAGUAACACUGUUUUGUGUAGUAGUGUCCAUAACUCAGGGGUGCUGUUAUUGUUGGAUUAUGCCUUUUGUUUUUAGCUCGACUAUUCGAAGAAUAUGAAGAGCUAUACUACUCACCUAAGCGUAGGCGUCGGCAUUGGCAUCACACCUUGGUUAAAGUUUUGCAUGCAAGCACACAUAGGUUAAUAUCUCAGCAACUACUUGAGUUAUUGCAUUGAGAAUUUAUACAAUGGUACUCAACCAUCCAACCUACUUAAUUUACCAAGUUAGAAAACUCUAGUUUGCAUUUAAUGCAAAUAAUAGGCCUUUGUUAUUAGACUUAGAAAUUCUGGUUAAGGUUUUGCGUGCAAGCACACAUAGGUUAAUAUCUCAGAAACUACUUGAGGUAUUGCAUUGAGAAUUUAUACAAUGGUACUCAACCAUCCAACCUACUUAAUUAACCAAGUUAGAAAACUCUAGUUUGCAUUUAAUGCAAAUAAUAGGCCUUUAUUAUUCGACUUAGAAAUUCUGGUUAAGGUUUUGCGUGCAAGCACACAUAGGUUAAUAUCUUAGCAACUACUUGAGGUAUUGCAUUGAGACUUGAUAAAAUGGUACUCAACCAUCCAACCUAAUUAAUUAACCAAGUAAGAUAACUCUAGUUUGCAUUUAAUGCAAAUAAUUGGCCUUUAUUAUUCGACUUAGAAAUUCUGGUUAAGGUUUUGCAUGUAAGCACACAUAGGUUAAUAUCUCAGCAGCUACUUGAGGUAUUGCAUUGAGACUUGAUACAAUGGUACUCAACCAUCCAACCUAAUUAAUUAACCAAGUAAGAUAACUCUAGUUUGCAUUUAAUUCAAAUAAUGGCCCCUUUUUUUGUCAUAGAAAUUCUUGUUAAGGUUUUGCAUGUUCCCACUUUUAAGUCAAUACAUCAGCGAAUACAUCAUGUAUUGCAUUAAAACUUUACACACAGGCUCCCAACCAUUUAACCUUCUUCUUUAAUCAAGUAACAUAACUCUAUCUUUCAUAUUAUAUAAUUUUUGCCUCUUUAUUAUGAGACUUAGAAAUUCUGGUUAAGGUGAUAUUUAUCUUAUCUCCUGAUAAAAACUUUCAAUCACGUUGGGCACUGAAUGGGGUACUAUAUUGGUAAUCUAUGACUUCAUCUUACCGGUGACCAUUAUGAUGUCACAAUUAAAAAGAGUUUAGUUUUUUGUUGUUAUUCCUUUUUUCUGUACUUGAUCACCUUUAUAUGUAUUCUUCUUACAAACAGUGUGAGAAUGAUCGCAUGAUUCUUUGGUUUGAAAUUUUUCCUAAUACAAUUUUUUUGCAAUGCAUGCUUGUAGUGCAGAGAAUAGCAUCGCUUUAAUGGUAUCCUGUUUUUAGAUGACUAUUCGAAGAAUAUGGAGAGCUAUACUACUCACCCAAGCGUCGGCAUCGGCGUCACACCUUGGUUAAGGUUUUGCAUGUAAACACCUUUAAGUCAUUAUCUCAGCAAAUACACCAUGUAUUGCAUUGAAACUUUAGAUAUGUUUUCCCAACUAUCUAACCUACUAAAUUAAUGAAGUAAGAUAACACUUAUUUGAAUUUAAUGCAAAUAAUGGGCCUUUAUUAUUUGACUUAGAAAUUCUGGUUAAGGUUUUGCAUGUAAGCACACAUAGGUUAAUAUCUCAGCAACUACUUGAUGUAUUGCAUUAAGAUUUUAUACAAUGGUACUCAACCAUCCAACCUUCCUAAUUAACCAAGUAAGAUAACUCUAGUUUGCAUUUAAUGCAAAUAAUGAUCCUUUAUUAUUCGACUUAAAAACUCUGGUUAAGGUUUUGCUUUAUUAUUUGACAUAUAAAUUCAAAUACGUCAUGUAUUGCAUUGAAACUUUAUACACAGGCUCCCAACUAUUCAACCUUCUUAUUAAUCAGGAAAGAUAACUCUAUCUUUUAUAUUUUAUCAUUUUUGCUCCUUUAUUAUGCAACUUAGAAAUACUGGUUAAGGUUUUGCAUGUUAGCACACAUAUGAUGAUAUCUCAGCAACUACUUGAUGUAUUGGGUUGAGACUUUAUAUAAUGGUAUUCAACCACCCAACGUAAUUGAAUAACCUAGUUAGAUAACUGUAUUUUGCAAAUAAUGGCCCUUUAUUAUUAGACUUAAAAAUUCUGGUUAAAAUUUUCCAUGUAACCACAUUUAUGUUAAUAUCUCAGCACAUCAUGUAUUGCAUUGAAAUCUAAUCUAACAGUGAUCCAUGCAUGUUUCGCCAAAACUUUUCAAUCCUUAUAUUGAAAAGCGGCGGAAUAGUCAAUGUGCGCUGUCUCUGUGACAGCUCUUAUUUUACUGAAACUUAACGGACUAGUGUUGGCAUUAUUUAGCAUGUAUGCUUCAUCAAGAUCAUCAGUGUUAUGUAUAUUAAUGGAAAUAUGGAAUGAAAUAGAACUUUUAAAUGUUUCUUUGUAUGCUGUGCUGCAUUUUUAGCUUUUCUGUUUUUUAUAUUUGUCGAGUAGUGUCCCUUCCGGAACAAAACAAAUAGUUAUGAAUUUGAAUAUUGCAAUACAUAUAUAUAUAAUCAUGUGUCCAAAUGUUAUAUUGUGAGAUAUUUUGUUUAACCAAUUUAUUUCACUGUUAUUAUCCAUUUAUUUCAUUGUUAUUAUCCAUGGAGUUCUCUUUUUUGCCCUUAACCUGAUUCAUUGAUAGCUUGCAUGUUUAAGUUGUUCAUCUGCAUCUAUUCUUACAAUGGAGUAUAAACAGAAAUGUGUCCAUGAGCCAGAACAAUGGACUGACAGUGCAUUGCCACUAAAACCAUGUUGCCACCACUUUCUAUUGUUUUACAAUUGUAUAAUUGAUUAUUGGCAGGGAGGCAAAUAGGUGAAAUGCUUGCAGUGUUUAUUAAAAAAUUAAUUGAAUUCAAGUUGUUGGCAUCAAUAAUAUAUUGCAAACAGAGUUUUAGCAAUAUGCAUGUUCAUGUAAAUAAAUGUACUUAUUUUCAUGCAUGAUCCAUUUUGUUCAUAAUAGAUCUGAUGAAAUGUUA